AUGUUUUCACUGAGACACCAGAGCCUAUUGCGAGGCAUCGUACCUCCUCCCACAAUUCAUUCUAUUAAAAUGGGCAAUCUCAAGGUCCUUUUGGAUAGCGGUGCUGACGCUAAUUUUGCGCCAGAAAAGAUAAAGCUAUACUUCCCAGAUUCGAUUGUUGAACCACUUCAUCCACCUGUCCACGCCAACAUGGCAAAUCAAACACGACAACACAUUACACACACUGCCACAAUCUGUCUACCAUCUCCAUUUAAUUUCUCACUUAAGUUUUACUUACUUGCAGGAUUACAGAAAUUAAUAAUAGGAAAACCAACACUUAGACUUUUAUCAUACACAAUCGAUAAAACUGGCGAAUACCUAACCAUCAACAACAAAAGAACCAACAUUACCAAUCUUCACCAACCUAUACAAAUCCAUUUAUCAAAUGUUGACACAACUGCACACACCAUUAUCCAUUAUCUUACCACAAAAUAUUCACAAUUAGUAAGUGAGACAGCUAGACCACCUAGCGAGCGUUCGUAUAAGUACAGUAUCUCACUCGAUACCGACCAAAUCAUUCAGAGUAAGCCAUAUUUUCUUACUCACCAGGAGAAACUCAUAGUCGAUAAAUUCAUAGAUGAAAAUUUAAAAAGUGGGAUUAUAGAACGAGUUCCACAUAACGAUUCCAUACAUUUAUCUCCGACUUUUAUUGUCCAUCAACUGAAUAAACAACAACGAGUUGUUGUCGACAACAACUUAAGAAUAAUGUUUUUCUGUUUAAUUGGUACCGAUAAGUUGAAUUUAGUUUUGUAUUAUUGA